UGCUUGGUGUGUUGUCUGUAUACCAUACACAACGCCGUAUCCACCUGUAACCUCAGAAUAACGUGUAUAAUAAACGUGCGACAAGCACUUGUUAGUAGGUGCACUGCCCCUUUAAGACCCGGUGGGUUGUGGGAAAUGUAGUUUAACGUCGCGUUGCCCGUUGUCCACAGCUGGUUAGCAUUUCCAUUGUCUUUUUUAUGAGAGUGGUAUCCGCCACUCUCUCUACAUCCUAAUUUUUCCACACAAAACUCCUACGGGUUCGUAGUUCACCAUGUCGGAGGAGCAAGAGAUAAUGUGCAAGCUAGAGAACAUCAAAGAAAUACGAAAUAAAACUAUUCAGAUGGAGAAGAUCAAGUCUCGGCUAAGGAGUGAGUUUGAAGCGCUGGAAUCGGAGGAGAAACAUCUCAGAGAGUACAAACAGGAAAUGGAUCUUCUGCUGCAGGAGAAAAUGGCUCAUGUGGAGGAGCUGCGACUUAUACAUGCUGAUAUUAAUGUGAUGGAAAACACAAUCAAACAGUCUGAGAGUGACUUGAACAAAUUGCUGGAGUCAACCAGACGGCUCCACGACGAAUACAAACCCCUGAAAGAACACGUGGAUGCCCUGAGGAUGACCCUCGGCUUACAGAGACUCCCCGACCUCAGCCAGGAAGAGGAGAAGCUGUCUUUGGACUACUUUGAAAAGCAAAAGGCUGAAUGGCAGACAGAACCCCAGGAGCCUCCUAUCCCAGAAUCCCUGGCAGCGGCUGCUGCUGCAGCCCAGCAGCUUCAGGCUGCUCGUAAACAGGACGCCAGGCAGACGGCAACCUUCAGGCAGCAGCCUCCACCUAUGAAGGCUUGCCUGUCCUGCCAUCAGCAAAUCCACCGGAACGCUCCAAUCUGCCCUCUGUGCAAAGCCAAAAGUCGAUCACGCAACCCCAAAAAACCCAAGAGGAAGCCAGACGAGUAACGCACACACUUACACAUGCAGCCCCAACCGAGAACAAUUUACUUGCAUAUUUACUCGCAUAAACACACACAUUCAUGCAUGCACAUUACUAAACACACAUUCUUUAAU